GCUAGCUCCACGCGUAUGUUGUGGGCUUCUGCAUCCUCCAGCAUCUGGUCUCAACUCAACUUAGAUCAAGUCCCGAUGCAGCAUGCUUCAACAUUUGUGCGCCUCCAUCAUCCUGGAUCUAUGUUGAUCGUCGUCCAUUGCAAAUCGGUUCCAGUCCGAGAAUGAGCCACGACUCUGCUAUAUCUGGAUCGAGCCGGCAGGAACGCUGGCUCACACAACUCCGCAAUGCUUAGCACCAACCGCCGGAUGUCUUCGCACGAUGUAGACGACUCAUACCACAGCUCAACAUUUGACCGCGAUGUUGAGAUCAGGGUGCACGAGACCGUGGGCUCUGCGUCAGUGUCUCCUAGUGGUCGCGAUGUAGUCCUAGCAUCUGCUGAAGGCUUACAUAUUGUCGACUUGGAUUCACCGUAUACCGCGCCCCGCUACCUCUCACACCAACAACAAUGGCCUCCGGCAGAUGUGCAGUGGUCGCCCUUUGCCGCUCGCGACUACUGGAUUGUCAGCACCUCGAACCAGAAGGCACUUGUAUGGAAUCUCGAACUCUACAGCGCUGCUUCGCCGAUCCAGUAUACUCUGCACGCACAUGACAGAGCGAUCACAGACAUUAACUUUUCCGCACAUCAUCCCGAUAUGUUGGCAACAUGCGCCGUGGAUAGUUUCGUCCACUGCUGGGAUUUGAGAGAGGCUGGGAAGCCCGCAAUGUCGUUUGCAGACUGGAGUGCCGGGGCGACACAGGUCAAGUGGAAUAGGCAGGAUGAGCACAUCCUCGCGUCUUCUCAUGACAAGUUUUUACACAUUUGGGACAACCGUAAAGGCGCAUACCCGCUCAAAACCAUUGAGGCCCAUACAACCAAGAUCUACGGUAUCGACUGGAAUAGAAUUAGAGCCACCGGAAUCCUGACAUGCUCACUUGACCAAUCGAUCAAAUUCUGGGACUACUCUAAAGGUGACGACAAACCAGAACGUGUGAUUCGAACUCUGUUUCCUGUUUGGAGAGCUAGACAUACACCAUUUGGCUGGGGUGUACUUGCAUUGCCUCAGCGUGGCGACAAUGAUCUUCAUAUGUACGAUCGUCGGCUUUCAAAAGGAACGCCCCGUAUUGGCUUCGUUGAUCCAGUCCAUUCAUUCUCAGGUCACCAAUCCAAUGUAAAGGAAUUCCUCUGGCGUUCUCGAGGAUCUAUUGAUCAUGGCGUUGAUAAUCGUGAUUUUCAACUUAUCUCUUGGGGUAUGGAUAGGGUUUUGCAUCUGCACAGGGUUGAUCCAUCGGUACUUAAGACCGUUGGUUACCAAAAGGGACAAGAGAUGAGAAAAAACAUGCCCGUGACCAGACAAGGCGCGAGAUAUAGGACUUUCAACAUUCCAAAGCCCAUCCCACUUACUACAGACACUGAAGAGUUGUCUGCAACCCAAUCUAGAGGACUCCUGGGUAAAUUGGUAUCAGCUGCCGGAAUGUCGAAGAUGCCUCCCCCUGUAGCACCAGUAGGGCGAGAGCAAGCAUCCAUGACAUAUUCAGGGAAGCUGCGGAAGCGAACGGCUGAUCCUAUCAAAUGGAUGCAAGGAGUAACAAUGAGGAGCCGUACAGACACGAUGAGCAAAAGUAACCUCGGCCUAGAUAAUCCGGAAAGUUUGAAAGAUGAGAUUACCACCGUCUCACAAAAGUACACGAAAGUGGAUUUUGAAAUCGCAGAUGUACAUGGCCGGGUUGCUCGUGUAGCAUUGAAUGGACCGUGGGGCCCCGAUGAUAGACCCGUCUUCUUGCGGGUGACGUUUGAAUUUCCUUCGGAUUACCCCUCUGUGUCUCCUGCCAUAUGCUCACUUGAAAGAACAGCGGCAGGGAUGUCAGACGAGAUUGUAGAAAAAUUGACCGAGGAGAUGAAAACCAUUGUAAAUCAUUAUCAUGGACGGAAAAUGGGCUGUCUAGAAGCCGUGAUAACCUAUUUGCUCGGGGAACGUGGCCUUGAAGAAAGCAUCACAUUGCCUCCCUUCGAGGGUCCAUAUGAUUUGCUCUCACCCGCCGCAGAGAGCUCAAGCGAUGACGACGACGACGCUGUUGACGGACAAGAUCUCGAGACCAGUGCUGAGGGUGCUCUUGGUCCUGCUCAAGCUAAUGUACCAUUGCCGAAAGCUUGUGGCGCUUACUGGUCGAAUGACGGAAGACUAGUAUGUUUCUUUCCUCCUAAACCUGAACCAAAACCACUCUUCAGUUUGGAGGCAUUACGAAGCGCUGCAGGUGAGAAAUUUCGAGGCCACAGGCAUCUUGAAGGUUUCGGUCGAAUGCAAGAAGACUCUCCUAGCUCCAAGCGAAGGACAGCGUCCGUGGACGACGACGAGACAGAAGACUCAGCAGAGUCCUGGACUUCAUCCUCUUCCAGCUCCGAUGAUAGCUUUGACGAUAUCAGUCGACUGCCAUCGCGGUUCCAUCCUCCCGCUGCCUGGCGAGCGGCGACAUUAAGGAUGCAGAAAACAUCUUCACAUUCCGGUAGUGGUGGAGUGACAAGCUCAAAGCGCGAUACCACAGCAACUAAGAAUCCGACCAUUGUGUCCAUUCAUGAUUUCAGCGAUAUGCUUCCCGCCCGGCGUGACCUGGCUGAGGAGUAUUUAGUCUUCGGCAGUGGACCUGAUGUCUGCUUGCACAAUGCCAAAGUAUGUCAAGCUCACGGCCUUGAAGACCAUGCAAUUACGUGGGAUAUAUGCCGGCACUUAUUACUCAAUGAGGUUCCACUUGAGAAUGCUGAGCAGAAUGACUCAAAGACCCCGAUUUUUGUUGAAGCAAAGAGACAAAUGGUACGUGUGCGCCGUAAAGAUAGCGGCCUGGACCUUGCUUUAGACAAACCUGCAAACGUAGCCAAUCCUAUCUUGAGGGGAAGGGUGAAGUGGGGUGGCCAUCCAUUUGGUAGCCCAUGGCUGAUUCCGGAGCUGUUUGAAUACUAUGAGCGGCUUGCGGACACGCAGAUGCUGGCUAUGCUAGCUUGCAUCUUCUAUGAGCCUGAAGUGUGUAAAAAUGUGUCCUAUACCUUGGCUGGCACAAAGUCUCAAGACCUUCCACUUGCGAUGCAAGCGCCUGCAUAUUUUCUUGAAUAUUCUCCUUCCGUUGAAGUUGCUCGGAGCCUCGCCGAGACAGGAAAGGUAACGAUACAGUCGGCAACGCCGAGUGACUCUCGCUCUGGCGGGCCACAAGAUUAUUUUGACAGAAACACCACAUUUGGAUCUGCCGGAUCAUCUAAUGGGCCAUGGGAGCGUGACACAGUACCGAGUGGUCCCCAUACACCUUACUCAACAGGCGAUACGCCUCCGCCUGUGACUCCUUAUUCAGUACGGAGUAAUAGAAACAGUAGCGCCAAUAGUCUCUCUACUUCACCCGAGCAGACAUCCAACAGGUCGUCACGACGGUCAACCUCGAACAUGUCUGCUGCCUUUUCACUUACAAAAGCAUUUACCUCGCUGAGCACGUCACCCACGACGCAAGAGCGCUUCAAGGCUUCUGACGCUGACUUAUCUACAUCUGCUCCUACGGCGCAGACCUCAAGUGUAACCUGGGGGUCUACUACGUUCUACUCUAGCAACUCUCCUACGUCGGCCGAGAAACGGCGACGUUCUCAAUCAAGCCGUCGUAGCUCUUCGAGGCCUUUUGCUGUCGAUGGUGCAAAUGAUACAGAGGAAGACGACGAUGAAUACGAUACGGAUGACACGUAUUAUGAUGUGGGAAAAGUUUACGCGCCAACCAAGAAGGAAGAACAAAAAUUCAGAGUUGUCUUGAAGAACCAAUCCUUAUUCGAUGUGGAAGGUCACGCCUCUGUUCCGCUGCUGCCGCCUAAAGACAGUGUCAAAUUUCGGGCUUAUAGAGACGUUUACGCUGAACUGCUCGGCUCUUGGGGUCUGUACAUACAGCGCGCUGAACUCGUGAAGUUCAAUGGCCUAACCAAUUUCUGGAGUGAAGAUGCUCCAGUCUACCCUCUACAUGUGCAAAUGUCAAGGGACAAGCCAGAGCAAGCAUCCAAGCUAAGUCAACGCUCAUCGCCGAUGCUCCACGGAAGAGACAUGUUCGAUAAUCUGGAGCCGUCCAAAAAGAUAUUGGAUAUGAACACUGCUCAAAGCCGAUCGCAUGGGUCCAGAUCCUGGGCACCGAGUCGGAAGUCAUCUGAUCUUAGCCCUAAGCACAACAAACGGAAUUUGCAUUUGGAGAAAUCACUACUGAAUGGUCCCAUUCGGUUCGAGCCCAAAAAGCGUGCCGUUCCAGGGAUCAACUGUCAUAUCUGCAUAGAGAUAAUACACGGACUGUUUGUGAGCUGCCCAAGUGGCAGACAUAAAGCCCACACAAUGUGUUACGAGGACUCUGUGGACGGAAAAAGCACGGAUGAGAUGUCUGAUAUGGGUGUAAGCUGCGGCUGUAAGACUAAUGAUAUUGAGGACUGGUUAAGCAGCGACAUGGAUAUCAAGUGGAGUUCAUUCAUGGAGGAGAACGGACUGCGGAUUGGUCCAGGCUGUGCUCGUAGCAUUUCUUGAAGGUGCCAAAACAGCGGCAAAGGUAUCGUGCAGCCACAUGCGAUUCCGCCGCACUGUGUAUCGCGGAUCUCGCAUCGUCUGCUUAUUUCCCGCAGAAAUUUAUUGUACUACAAGUAGCGUUGAAAGUCCAGCUACUCUCCAGAAGCUACUAAUAUCUGCACUUCAGAUAUGCAGCAACACAUGUGCAUGGCGAGAGAUGCUUGUUUCUUGAUUUCCAGGACGAUACGACAAUCAAGGCUUCUUUCCC